CAGUCCAUCAGACUUCUCCAGCUCAUUCGACGUCCCCCUAGACGGGCAAACAAUCACCCAUAAUUCAGCUGCCAAAGACUUCCGAAAUCUCAGGGACAUCACAGACAUGCUGCGCUCAGAACCGAUGCAGGAUGCGCUCCGCACCGCUGCUAAAAGCGAAGAGGGUGACAGAAGCGACAUGGCUUUCUCGAUACGUCGCCGCCAGAAUAAUCGACCGCCGUCACCCAUCGGAUCUCCACAGCCUUACGUUCCCCCUCCUCCGAGGCCCUCUAUGAUGUUUUUGUCCGGAGAGGAUGAGCGCCAGCCACUAUGCGCCGACGGCCUUGUGGAGUACAUCAAGGAGUUCAAUCGGGCAAACUCCGCUCAACCGGUCAGCGCCGACAGUGAGAACUUUACCCCGAAAUGCAGGUUGCAUAUAUGGAAGCGGUCCAGGUCGACGCCACCAGUCGACUCGGAGGACGAGGUGGCUGCUUUAGCGUCGGCAACAAAACUUGCGAGUCCGCUUAUCCUUCGCUUCACCAUCCUCGAUGUGAUGACGGUAUACAUGCCGCUCACGUUCUCGGACCUCACAGAACCAUUGUCGAUCGAGAGUGUUACUGCAUUUGGUCCUCGGGAGAAGAAGCUUCCCCAUAUGCAGUCGGACUAUCUGGCGUACCAAGUGCUUUCCCAACAUGUGGCCAAGAUCCUUGAAGCUCAUCCACAAACAUCAGUGCAGAAAGUCAUCGACCUCUUGGCGGCGUGCAAAGGCCUAUUCACAGACCGCUGCACACGCUGUCAGCGCAUCUUGUCGGAGGAGGACCACGUACCACCCGUGGCGCGAUUUUGGAGGAGUGGGGCCUCGGCCACUCUCACAGACGCUUCUCAGGCUAGCGCGAACGCUUCUGUCAUACAACCGUCGGACGCCGAUGCAGCGCACCGGGGCGCUGUGACGGAUCAUAGCUUCUGGGAGCCGCGUCACGUUACCUGUCUGUAUAGCUAAGUACUGCCCGGAGUUUUUCAGCAUUGGCUGCCGAGCGGGCGGUCCUUUCAUUAUGAAACUCGA